GCGGGCCGGUCUGAAUGGCUUCACUGGCUCUAUCCCCUCCACCAUCUCCGCCCUCACCGCCCUCACCAUCUUGGAGCUCUACGGAAACAACAUCUCAGGGAGCAUUCCUGUUGGCAUCAGCAAGCUAACUAGAUUGCAUGCCCUAAACCUCUCCCACAAUCAGCUCACCUCCAUGCCUUCUACCAUCAAUGGGGGGCAUGU